AUGACCUCAUCAGGCCGGCCUCAUAAUAAAGUUCUUUGGUCCCUCGGAUUCUGCGAUUGCCUGUCCGACAUGAAAAUUUGUUGCAUUGCCUGUUGGCGCCCAUGUAUCACUUUUGGCCGGAUUACUAAGAUUGUUGACAAAGGAUCAACAGCUUGUGGUGCAAGUGCGAUCAUUUACAUACUAAUAAAGGUACUCAUCGAUUGUCCAAGCUUUUAUUCUUGCUUUUACCGUACGAAAAUGAGAGAGCAGUAUAUGUUGAAGGGAGGCGGCUGUGGGGAUUGCAUGCUGCAUUGUUGCUGCGAGAUUUGUGCCUUGACUCAAGAAUAUCGUGAGCUCAAGAACCGUGGGUUUGACAUGUCUAUCGGUAUUUGGCAUGCAAAUGUGGAAAAGAAUCAAGGACUGGCCAUGGCUCCAGUGCUGGAAAAAGGAUGAGCAGAUAGAUGACAGGUUGCUCUCUUAAUAUAUUUCAAUCUGUUUACUAUGUUGUUUAUUUUUUUUUCUUUUUUUUCUUUCUUUUUGUGGAUUUUCCUUCCAUUUGGAUGAUUGUACUGUCUGUAGUAAUUUUAUUUUCAAGAUGCUGAUGAUGAUUGUCAAAAGGGCUAAAAAAAGGAAUAUUGUCCUUUAAAGAGCGAAGGGGAAAUUACAAAAUUUUUCUUUUGUGAAGGUUCAUCUUGUUGCUCUACAGGCUACUGCCUUCUCUCUCUUCUCCUGUCUCUAAUGCCUUGGGUAGGA